AUGUUGCCCUGUGGACCAGCUUUGUCCUUUGUUCGGUGUCUGGUGCGGAAGAAGAACGUCAGUGGUGAAAGUCUUGAAGACUCCAAGUUGUGCCGAUGCUUAUCAACGGUGGACCUUAUAGCCCUGGGAGUAGGAAGUACCCUUGGUGCUGGUGUUUAUGUCCUUGCUGGAGAAGUAGCCAAAUCCGAUUCUGGGCCUAGCAUCGUUGUUUCUUUCCUCAUUGCUGCGCUAGCAUCUGUGAUGGCAGGUCUCUGCUACGCUGAGUUUGGUGCUCGUGUUCCCAAGACUGGUUCUGCGUAUUUAUAUACUUAUGUAACUGUUGGUGAACUGUGGGCUUUUAUCACUGGUUGGAAUCUCAUUUUAUCCUAUGUUAUAGGUACAUCAAGUGUAGCAAGAGCCUGGAGUGGCACCUUUGAUGAACUUCUUGGAAAACAGAUUGGUCAUUUCUUCAGAACCUACUUCAAAAUGAAUUACUCUGGGCUAGCAGAGUAUCCCGACUUCUUUGCUGUAUUCCUUAUAUUGCUUUUAUCAGGUCUUUUAUCCUUUGGAGUAAAAGAAUCUGCAUGGGUGAAUAAAAUUUUCACCGCUAUUAACAUCUUGGUCCUACUCUUCGUUAUGAUUUCUGGUUUUGUGAAAGGAGAUGCUAACAACUGGAAAAUAAGUGAAGAAUAUCUCAUAAACCUUACUGCAGUAACAGAGAAUUGGUCUUCCUAUGAGAAUGUGACUAGUAUAUAUGGGAGCGGUGGCUUUAUGCCAUAUGGUUUCACAGGAACAUUGGCUGGUGCUGCAACCUGUUUCUAUGCUUUUGUAGGAUUUGACUGCAUUGCAACAACUGGAGAAGAGGUCAAGAAUCCUCAGAAAGCCAUACCCAUAGGAAUUGUGGUUUCCCUGCUUGUCUGCUUCAUGGCCUAUUUUGGGGUUUCAGCUGCACUGACACUUAUGAUGCCAUACUACCUACUAGACGAAAAAAGUCCUCUGCCAGUAGCAUUUGAAUAUGUUGGAUGGGGUCCUGCAAAAUAUGUUGUAGCAGUGGGAUCCCUCUGUGCUUUGUCCACAAGUCUUCUUGGAUCCAUUUUCCCAAUGCCACGUGUAAUCUAUGCUAUGGCGAAGGAUGGGUUGCUUUUCAAAUGUCUAGCUCAAAUCAGUUCCAAAACGAAGACCCCACUAGUUGCUACUCUAUCGUCUGGUGCAGUAGCAGCUAUAAUGGCAUUUCUGUUUGACCUAAAGGCUUUAGUGGACAUGAUGUCUAUUGGUACACUUCUUGCUUAUUCACUUGUGGCAACCUGUGUCCUCAUUCUUAGGUACCAACCCGGUUUAACCUACGAGCAACCAAAAUAUUCUCCAGAAAAAGCAGCUUUGGCUGCAUCUGAAAGGGAAUCUGCAGUAAGUGAAUCACAGAUAAAUAUGAUACAAGAGAAUCACUUCAGUCUGCAGGCCCUGAUUAAUCCAUCCAGUUUACCUACCAAGCAGACUGCAACUACCGUUAACUUUUUAGUGGGUCUGUUAGCUUUCUUGGUUUGUGGCUUGAGUGUCCUCACUACUUACGGGAUUCAUUUCAUUGCUAACUUGGAGCCCUGGAGUAUUGGCCUUCUUGCUGUGUUGGUGGUGUCCUUCAUAGUUACCAUUCUCCUCAUCCAAAGGCAGCCUCAGAACCAGCAGAAAGUGGCCUUUAUGGUUCCACUAUUGCCAUUUUUGCCAUCAUUCAGUAUCCUGGUAAAUAUUUACUUGAUGGUACAAUUAAGUGGAGACACUUGGACCAGAUUUAGCUUCUGGAUGGCACUUGGCUUCCUCAUUUACUUUGCUUAUGGCAUCAGGCACAGUCUUGAAGGUCAUCAUAAUGAUGGAGGUGACGAUUCCUGUUCAGAAAAUAGUGGGUUGCAAGAAAAGAACCCUGUGGAAGAAGUGGAUGAACCUGAAAAUGCAAAUGAAAGUGAUCAAUUUCUUGCAUAUGAGAGGACAAGUGAAUGUUAA